AUGCAUGAGUCUUCAAGGUUGUACAAAGAAAAAGUGAAGGCCUAUCAUGACAAGAAGCUGCUCAUGAAGGACUUUAGGCCAGGACAACGAGUGUUGUUGUUCAAUUCAAGAUUGAAGUUGUUUCCAGGAAAGCUAAAGUCUAAAUGGUCUGGACCUUUCACCAUUAAAGAAGUCAAACCAUAUGGAGCAGUAGAAUUAUUCGACUCUCAUUCAGAAACUCCAGACAAAACAUGGAUAGUAAAUGGUCAGAGGUUGAAGCUGUACCAUGGUGGGAACAUUGAGAGGCUGGCCAUCAUUAUGCAAUUACAAGACCCUUGA